AUGUGCAUCCGAAACUUCAUCAAUCGGCGCGGGACCUCGAGAGAAAUUUACAGCGACAAUGGCACUAACUUCAAAGCUGCCGAAAAGAUUAUCUAUGACAAAGCGCAGACGAUCAACUUCAACGCCGUGCAACCGGCGUUCGAUGACAUCAAAUGGAAAUUUAAUCCACCAGCCGCUCCUCAUAUGGGUGGAGCAUGGAAGCGACUUCUGUAUACGUUUGUUUGCUUUGACUCCAAAGUCAUUGGAAAUGAUCGAAUACGAUUUAAGAUGUACCCAGUUGGUCUCCUAAUAUCAUGCUGCUUUUAUGCUGUUACAUUAUUGAUUUACAUGUCUAUUGCCAAGUUGCGUAAUCUUCCUGGAAAAAUUUUAAUAUGCUUGGUGAGCAAUUUGUUUUUCGCCUAUAUGGGAAUUGCUUUGGGUCAAUUGUGGCCCACAUCGAAUGAAAACGUUUGUUUCAUAUCAGGUUUCUUCGUAUAUUUCUGUCUAAUGGCUGCAUUUUCAUGGAUGAACAUAACAUGUUUUGAUAUAUGGCAUACAUUUGGUGCACAGUGCAGAACACACUCACACGCAUUUCGAUGUAAAAUGACCAGUUUUUUAAGUGUGGGAAUGGUCUGGCAAUCCUAUUUAGCCAGCCCUAUCUAA